GAAAUUCUUAUCCCAAUGGGAGGAAGAGUUGAGGUAUUCUUGUGGCGAAGCAAACCUCCUCUGUUCUGGCUAUGGCUAUGGCGAUGUCUAUCACUUUAACGAGUACUGGUACUAGCUCUAUGCGCAGGGCAUUUGCAAUUCAACCGCCCCGGAUUUCUUCCCCAAAUCUUCUUCCUUCCUCUACCCGCAAACACACUGGGUUAAGACUGAUUGCAAAUGCAAGUGCAGUGAGCAGUGAAUUCAGGAUAACCGAACUGCCGCCAGUGGCAAAGGAGGAGUUUUAUGCUGCCUCGGUGCUGGACAUUGAAGAAGUCGCCCCAGGCAUCCGUUGUGUUGCUGUGGAAGCUGAAAUCUCCAGAGAACUGGUGCACAGAGAGGAUGCGUACAGGAGGGCUGGACAAUUGGCGAGAGUGAGAGUGGGAGAGAGAGAGUUGAAGGUGCCCGUGUGCAGCGCCCCCUUCUCGAGGGAUUGCAACUGGAGCGUGGUGUAUAAGGCGCGAGGAGACAUGCCUUCAGGGGCCAUGAAAGCGCCCAAUUCGACCUUGUCGGUGAAGGCGCCCCUGCAGCUGCACGUUACUCAGCAACAUCUGCCCGAUCUCUUCGCCCUCUCCCCGGGAGAUGAGCUGCAACUCGGCCCCUUUGAUGAGGCGUCGGGCCUCGAUCUGCGUCCCCUGCUCUUCAUCUCAGGGUUUCCAACAGUGCUAAUUUUCGCCUCGGGGAGAGGCAUUGCGGUGUCAAAGGCCAUCAUUGAGGCCAAUGAAGGAGACAAUGGCAGUAUUAAUUUGGGUUUCCGGGAAGAAGUGCGCCUCUAUUACUCUGCUCCUGAUCCAGCCCUCAUAGCUUACAAGGGCAAGUUUGAGGAGUGGGAGAAAAGGAAAGUAAAAACUCGAACUACUGUGUUGAGUAGAGGCGAGCAAGAAUGGGAUGGCUUUGUGGGCUCUUUCACUCAUCUUUGGGACGAGGAUGAUAUUGAAUACAAUCCAGAGACAACGGCAGCUAUUGUUUGUGUGGAAGAGGAUGCAAGGGAUGAAUUAAAGGAGCUGCUUUCUGGUGCCGAAAUUCCAGAUAAGCAAGUUUUAUAUUGGAAUGCCGCAUUGUGAUAUGAGAUGAGUUUAGCGGUGUAAGCUCAGGCAUCCUGUUGCUGCGAAAUAGAGUUAGGGAGUUCGUAUACAAGCUCUGUUUUUGACUCAAACCUUGGUGAAAAGUAUAAUGGUGAAAUUAUCAUAUUCAUGUCAA